AUAUAUAAUCGAUCUUAUUCAUUCAUUCUUAUAAAUUACUAGUAAUAUUUUAUUACAUACUACGUACGUUCUUGAAUUGCUUAGCAUAUUAUAUAUAGGCCCGGCCUCUUGUUAAUUACUUACUUAAUUAAUUAUUAGAGAGCAAACCAAGAUAAACAGCAGUAAAAUGAUACACAGGAAAACAAACAUGGAAAUCGUGUUAGGUAUUCUUGUAGCAUUAGGGAAUGCUGUCGUAAUAAUUUGUGGGGUCGUCGCAAUAAUCCAAAAGGAUCAGGUGGGGUCUGUGCUUCGGUCCACAGCAACAUCCGCUUCUCUGGUUGCCGCUAUUGCUUUUGUGUGUCUUGGAAUCUACGCUUGUUGCCAUCGAGAAUCCGACAGACCUGAAACAAAAUGGUCCGGACUGGCUCAGAUGUAUUGUUUACUCGCAUGCGCAUUUGGCAUCUUCGGGAGCAUUGCCCUUCUAGGAGUUUCACCUAAGAACCACAAUUACGGGGUAAUCGCUUGUGUAGGAUUGGCUUUCUGCUUCAACCUGAUAUUUUCCAUUUUAUACUUCAUCAACGCUCCGAAUUCUUCAUCAUCAUGAUUAUCAAAUUAAA